AUGGCUUUCGAGCGGCUAAAAGCGCUUGAUCCCUACCUGGAGCAGCUGAAGGGCGCUGACAAUUUUAGCGGCAUUGUUGAAGAGCAGUGUGUUUCUUUGGUGAAGGAAAUCCGGUCUAUGGAUAAGAUUGACAUAUCCAGCGCCACACCGUUGCUGGCUCUCAUCCAGCAGUGUCCUCAUUGGACGAAGGCUCAUCGCGAGAGCCUGCUGCAAGUGAUCCAGGCCAAGGUCGAAAAGAGUGUGGGAAGCCGAGUCGUGAAGGGCAGGUUUCCUCUUCAAGACUACACGAUGUUCCCCUUGUAUUUGGCAGAGCGCGACUGGACGGUCAUUUUAGGCACUGCGAACUUUGCUCACAAGUGUACUGUCAUCAUGGAAAGGCUUCACAAGCUCGGUCUGCGGCACCCAAGUGAGCCCACCUAUGCUAUGCUGACAGCAUCAUUGUUGCUGAGUGAACCGGAGCGUCUGUCAGAUCACACGCAGCUGCGGACAUCUGCGGACCAGCUACCAAUAUGUGAAAGAAUUGGUCAAAUCCUUCUUGAAGAACAGAGAGGGCGAGGAAUGUGA